AUGGCAAGAUGUGCGAACCUUUUGCUUCCUACGACCUUAUAUGGACUUUUUGAUGUUCCGUGCGAAGUUGAGGAAGAAGAUCAGGAAGUUGUCUUCACUUACGCUCAUAUUCCGGACUUCCUCAAUUCGGAUUCCUAUUGGAAAGGAACGAUGCGAAUCAACGAGACUGCAUGUGCUCUGAACGAGCCAUCAUGCCUGUUAUCAUUCCUCUUCACCACAGGAUUUACGACUCUGUCAAGCUACAGAGAAAUGUUCCCACUUAUUCAAGAAUGGCGCGCAAUCAGCAGUAAAUAUCCCGAUCUCGGAGUAUACGCGUAUUCUGAGAGGAGCACGUAUGCAGACCAGACUGAUGCUCUUGGUGAUGUCAUUUGGCAGACGCUGUAUUCGGAAGUAAUCUGUAUGGGCAUCUCGUUCAUCAUCUUUAUUCCGGAUAUGGUCUCUAUCUUUGCUGGCAUGUUCAGUCUGCUGAGUGUCAAUCUGGGGGUCUUCGGAUUCCUCUCUUUAUGGGGUGUCGGUAUCAACCCUGUCUCUAUGGCUUCUCUUCUUAUGUCAAUCGGAUUCAGCGUCGACAUAUCAGCUCAUAUCAGUUAUCACUAUUACCAAGUGAAAGCACCGGUAUGA